AGCCAACUAAGUCUUGUUCCUCUUUGCCAUUACAAACAAACAAGCUCUCAUAAACCACUGCACUGACCAAUCCUGAAGAGCAGCCACCAUGUCGUUGAAACGAAGCCGCCAAGAAAUGUCCAAAACGAAAACCAAAUCGGUGCGUGUGGUCGCCGAUCCCACGGCUGUUUUUCAACACGAUGAUGACGCUGUUGUUGUCGCCAUGACAAGCAAAGAUCAAACAUGGUACUCGGGUCGCGAACUGUCUUUGCAACUGGACGACGCGACGGAUCCAUUGGCCACUGCCAUGGCCGAGGGUUUGACCAUUCUUCUCAAGGACAGCUACGAACGUCCGCAUGUCAACGUCCAAGAGUACUUGAACGCUUUCGUUGCCUACACGCUCCCAUGCAAUGGCAAAGUCGAUACGUUGCGAGGUCUGGAACAACGCGUCGACUUUUCCCAUCGGCAAGAACGAAGUCGCGCUCGAGCAUUUCACAUGCACCGCGUCUUGUCGGCCGCCGCCAAGUACCAAAACAAUUGGGACGGUUUGGCGCAAGUCUCGCGACAAUCAUCGGCGGCGUCCAAACUCUUUGCCAUGCGCAUGGGACGCGCCGAUGCCCGUGCUCACAAUGACGAGAACCACGACAAUAAUAAUGAUGCCGCACAAGAGAUCAUGGCAGAACAUCAACAACGAGAAGAAUACCAAAGACGGCGCAACGGUCCGACCAAACUGGAGACACCAUCCCUGGCCAUGGCAUUUGCACAGACACAACAAGCAGCAGCAGCCGUUGUCUAG